ACAUUUCCGCGGUCACACUGACCGAGACGCGAAACAACAAAAUUUUGCUUAGUUUUAGCCAUUUUGAUAAGUGGCACAUAAAUCUUCAAUGAAAUCACUAGUGGCAGCUCCAAUCGCACCAAUCACCAGUCACCGAAAGCACGCCGCUGGCCCAAGAGACGUGCUCCGUGACACCUGUAUUCUGUGCCUGUGCCCACCGAUCCGCCCCCUCACUCCUGUGGCGUGAGGUAAAUGUUAUCAGUGAAGAGGCGCGCUAAAACGCCUACCACAGCAGAGAGCAGCGCAGCAGCAGAGGCAGAGGCAGCGGCAGCGACGACGAGUGGGCGCUCACACACACAGAAAGGCCACCCACCCCACCGUUCAAGGACAACGUAGCAGAGUGUGUGUGUGUAGAUAGUUGCAGCGGCGGAAGCGGCGCCAGCGGCAGCGACGUAACCGAGCAACGUGCGCUGAAUACAAAAAAGCAAUUUUGUGGCCAUGCCACAGCCAGAGCCAGAGCCACAACCGAUUGACUGACUCUGCAGAACCCUUAAAAUAAAGAAAAUAAUAAACAGAAAAGACCAACGAACGACCAAAACAAACGUGAGCAAUACACCAAUAUACAAUCUAGUCAUUAGUUCUUAUGGAUGCUACCGCAAGUUCAAAGUUCAGCGAUGUGGACGAGUAUGGCUUCAAACGUGGCCAAAACUUCGACUACAGGAACUAUUCCAAGUUCAUGGAUGGCUACCUAAAGACGCUGACACGACGCCGCAUGAAAUGGGAGGCGAUACUGCAGCAGAACCCAGAUCUCAGCCAGGUGGAUGCUAAGCUAAAGCGUUACAUACGCAAGGGCAUACCCGGCCCAUACCGUCCCGAUGUCUGGAUGAAGAUAUCGGGCGCCGCAGCCGAGCAAAGGCGGGCGCCCAAUCUAUAUCGCAGUCUGUUGAACAGCGAAACCUUCGACAAGGAAAUCAGCGAUUCCAUAUCAAUCGAUCUACCUCGUACGUUUCCCGACAAUAUCCACUUUGACACGAAGAAGCAGCGCCUGUACAACAUCCUCAUCGCCUAUGCGCACCACAAUCGCGAUGUGGGCUACUGCCAGGGGCUUAACUACAUUGCCGGGCUGCUGCUCAUCGUCACCGAGGACGAGGAGAAGUCCUUCUGGCUGCUCAAGCAUAUCGUGGAGAAUAUUGUGCCACAGUAUCACUCUCAUAACAUGUCCAAUCUGCUGAGAGACCUUGCCGUAUUUCGGGAGCUCGUAAUUCGCCGUGUGCCCGCUGUCAAUCGGCAUGUGGACAAUUUGGGUCUUCCGUAUCCUGUCAUUGCCAGCAAGUGGUUCAUCUGCAUAUUUGCGGAGGUGCUGCCCGUGGAGACGGUGCUGCGCAUCUGGGAUUGUGUGUUUGCCGAGGGCUACAAGAUCGUUUUUCGUGCUGCCCUGGCCAUGUUUGUCACCCACAAAACCAGCAUUCUGGCCUGCGACGAUAUUGCCGCCUUGGCCAAUCACUUUCGCGACAUCAUGAUCCAGGACAGCAUUGUGACGGACUGCCAUGGCUUCAUUGAGUCCAUGUUUGCAUUACGCUUGAAACGCAGCGAACUGGAGAGCCUGCGGAAAGUGGCAGUUCUGAAUCCCGCAUAAGGAAGAGGGAGGUUGAGAGUUGUUCUGAGACGUUAAGAGAGACCAGCAGAUCAAAUAUAAGAUCAAACAAGCAACAAAAACCAAAUACCAAAUUGGAGAAGCAAUCGAAAACAAUUCAAUUAUUAGGAGCGUAGUCGUCUAAAAUGUGUCAUUGGGUAUAGUACUGCUCUAUAUAUGUAGGUGUGCCUGUAUUAUCAUUGAAGCCAAAAAGCGAUUCGAGUAUUAACCAACGAAAUCAAAUCAAA